AUGGCUUUCAUCCACUCCUCCACUAAACUAAUUUGCGGAGGCACUCUCAUCACCCAGCGUUUUGUCCUGACAGCAGCACACUGUCUUUACGAAGGAAUGGCUGUAAAGGUGCGCCUUGGGGAGUACGACGAUACCACCACAGAGGACUGCGUCAACAAGGUCUGCAUUCCGCAAACCGAAGAGUACAACGUCGACAUGGGAAUCCGGCAUGGGAAAUAUUCCGAGUCAAGAAACCUGAACGACAUCGCGCUUCUACGUCUGGAUAGGUUUGUCACCUACAAAGACCACAUCAAACCCAUCUGCAUAAUCUUGGACACCUCGAAAAGGCACGUUGUUCAAAGUAUGCAGUGGUUUAUUGCCACGGGAUGGGGUGAGACCAAAACGAACCGGACCAAAGGAGCUCUGCAGACCGUGACGCUCCAGCGUUUUGAUCCGAAGCUUUGCUUUGAGUCUCUGGGCAGGAUGGUGCAGGAGAACCAGUUCUGCGCCGGAAGCCAUGGAGGCGACACCUGCAGCGGCGACUCCGGCGGUCCCCUCAUCCGGGAAGUAAGCCACAUGCGGGUGGUACGAAACGUGCAGUUUGGAGUGGUCAGCUACGGCAGUACUGGUUGCACCGGCAUCGGGGUCUACACGGACGUCUAUAGCUACACGAAUUGGAUCGCACAAGUAGUGCGGGAAAAUACCCAUUUACCGGCACCAAGGUUGCCGAAUAAUUUAUAUUGACAAAUAUAUGGGAGUUAUAGGUACUACCUGCAAUGGGAACAAGACUUUUGGGAAAGCUUCAUCGCGAUAGCUUUAAAACUA